UAAGAAAUAAUAAGAAAUUCAUCUACUGUAAAUAGAAAAAAAUACUGAACUAAUGAAAAUAAUUCCGAGCUGGUGUCACAUUUUAUAGAGUUCAUUGAAACAUUUUAAAGUAAAUUUGAAAACGCAUGAAACUAGAGAGUACAUGAUUAUAAUCUAUAAUGCAACAAGUUAUCAUUGUGAAACAACAGCUUUGAUUUAAAUGCAUUAUUUAUAUCUGACACGAUGUUAAUACAGGAUGUCUUGUAAUGAACUUGAAUGUUUAAGGUUAUAAGUAAAUAUUUUCUAAUUCCAUUGACAUGCUCAUUAACUUACAUUGGCUAGAGAGAAAGAAAACUAACCCCGCCUAGUUCACAUCAUUGUUUAAUCAAGCCCUAACGUAACUCGCUCAGUUCAAGUCUACACACAUCUUCAACGUUUAUCUUUCAAGUUUGAUAGACUCUAAUCCUAACUAGAAACUUAUGGACUUCACCCUAUCAGUUCCAGACAUGCAUUCACCUGUGAGACUGUAUCGAGUAUAUCUCUACUGUGUGGUGUUGCCACUUGGUAUUGUCCACCACGCCUGGUCAGCACUGAGCACCUGCAAGGUGACUCACAAUACAGAGUUGGACGAUAAGGUCAGCUCUACCUGGAUGUUUAAGCAGUUGACAUUGAGAGUGUCCAGCAGCAAACUGGACUGUGCCAGACUGUGCCUGAUAAACAGAAGCUGUGUGACCUUCAUGGUAAACCAGAAGUCACGCCAGUGUCGCCUCCACGGGGCCAGAAUCACACGACUGAACUCUUUGGUGAAUGCUACAGGCUACAAGUCCUAUGACACAUGUAGAGGUAUGUCCAAAGUCGUAUUACACAUUUAGAGGUAUGUCAAAAGUCUUAGGACACAUUUAUAGGUAUGUCAGAAGUCCUAGGACACAUUUAUAGGUAUGUCAGAAGUCCUAGGACACAUUUAUAGGUAUGUCAGAAGUCCUAGGACACAUUUAGAGGUAUGUCAGAAGUCCUAGGACACAUUUAGAGGUAUGUCAGAAGUCGUAUGACACAUGUAGAGGUAUGUCCAACGUCCUAGGACACGUGUUAAGGUAUGUAUUAAUGUCCUAUGACAAACGAAGAGGUAUGUU